AUGGAUCUCCUGGAGUUGGGAGACAUGGGCAGUGGCUGUGAAGAUGAAAACUGUGGCCUUGCAUUGGGCUUCCCUGAAGACUGCUCCAAUCAGGAUUGUCAUGGGGAGGAAUCUGUGUUUGGACUGAUUGAGUUAGUGUGUGUGACUGUGGUUUAUAUUCCACUGAUGCUCUUUGGCCUUCUUGGAAAUAUACUGACAAUUCUGGUGGUUUGGCUCCGUCCGCACAUGAGAAGCUCUACCUACCUCUACCUGAGCAGCAUGGCUGUUAGUGAUCUGUUGAUACUCCUACUGCUGCCUCUGGAUCUAUAUAAGCUCUGGAGACCCAGACCCUGGCCUUUAGGAGACCUUGCCUGUAAGCUGACCAUGUUCCUCUCUGAGUGCUGCACCUUCUGUACCAUCCUCCACAUCACCUUCCUCUCCCUGGAGAGAUACCUGGCAGUCUGCUGGCCAAUCACAGCCAAGACCCUGGUGACGCGGCGCAGAACCAGGGCUCUUAUUGGCUGCCUCUGGCUGGGUGCAGCUGUCAGUGCAGCACCAGUGUUGCUCAUGGUUGGAGUGGAGGAAGUUGGGGGAGAAGAACUAGGGCUCAGCGGAUGGAGGGAAGAUGGAGGAUGGACAGGCAGGGAAGGAGAACAGAGAGGAUUUAUGAUAGGUGGAGGGGAAGGAGGAAGUGGACACAUGGCCUCGAUGAAUAGAGGAUUAGAGGAAAGAAGGUGGGAAGAAAAAGAGACAGAGGGACGGGAUGAAAGAGUUGGGGAGUUAAAAUGGUUCAGAGAGAAAGGCGAGAGAAAACUGGAAAUUGGAGAAACAGGAGGAGGCAAAGAGGGAGGAAAGAGGGAAGUUGAUGGAAAGCAGCAAAACAAAAUGAAAGAGGAUGAGGGAGGAGGAAGGGAGGAGGGUGUCGACAGAGGUCACAGAGGAGAGAUUGACAGGAGAGAGUGCCGCUGCACGGACUACGCCACCUCCUCUGGCCUGUUGGCGGCCAUGAUGAUUGUCUCCAACUUGUACUUCCUGGUUCCUCUCUGCAUCCUGGGAGUGGUCUACAGCCUGAUUGGACGGACACUGUGGCUCCGUCCACAAAGCAGCCGUAAAGACCAGAGUCACCGGCACACUGUCAAAAUGCUGGGAGUAAUUGUCUUGGCGUUUGUCCUGUGCUGGCUGCCCUUCCAUGUUGGCCGGACCAGUACAUACAUGUACUCUGACUCGCACGGCUAUUUUUUAUACUACCUGUCUCAGUAUGUCAACCUGGUGUCCUCAGUCCUCUUCUACCUCAGCGCUGCAGUCAAUCCUUUACUGUACAACCUGAUGUCUGCCAGAUACAGACACGCUGUACACAGCCUCUUACACUCACACUCUCACACACAGUCUCAGCAACUGCGCACGACACUCACAGCACGACACUCCACGACCACUUUGUAA